AUGCUUCUUGGUCUUCGCUUGGACCGACAAGAGCGGUUGGCCGCGAAGCGGCGGGCGAGGAGAAUCGUUCGGGUCCUGUACUACGCCAUGAAGGUGGUCGGGGUGGGGGCGUGCUUCUACACCUCGGGGCUCAACGCAACACUCGUCUACAUGAGGCCCGACUUUGGACGUGAGCUUCUCGCGUCCUCCUUGCUCGUCAGGUCCUACCUGGUUUUGUUCGGCGUUGGAGGCGUGCUUGCGGAGCUCGACACCCCUUUCGCCAAGGCCAACUUCAGAGCGCUGCAGAAGUGGUGGUUCAAGGCUCCCUUUUACGUGUUCAUGGCCUGGCUUUGCUUCGACGCCAGCCUCUCCCGGGGCACCGUGUGGUUUUCCCUCGAGCUAGCCUCGUUCGUCGCGCUCCAGACCGUGGGUGUCAUGGCCCUCGUUCUCAACGUCUGCCUGAGGGAGGUGCUGGAGAGAAGCGGGGCUCUCGGCAAGCGGCGAGGCAAGAAGUCCGCGUCGUCGUCGUCACGACGGUUACGGCGAGGAGCGAGCGGGAUCAACUCGUCGUCCCGCGGAUCGGGUAGGUGCGGGGGGCGGGGGGGGGGGGGGGGGGGG